GUCUUUGUAUAUACAUACUAUAAAUGCUAAGGAUUCUUUUGUCAUUUGCUUGUUACUUUUUCUUUUGUUUAUCAUGCCUGAACCGCCUAAGUCCGCUCCGGCUCCAAAAAAGGGUUCCAAAAAGGCAGUGAAUAAGGCUCAGAAAAAAGAUGGGAAAAAACGCAAACGCGGCCGGAAGGAGAGCUAUUCCAUUUAUGUGUAUAAGGUGCUCAAGCAGGUCCACCCCGACACCGGCAUCUCGUCCAAGGCUAUGGGCAUUAUGAACUCGUUCGUCAACGAUAUCUUCGAGCGCAUCGCGGGCGAGGCGUCGCGCCUGGCUCAUUACAACAAGCGCUCGACCAUCACCUCCAGGGAGAUCCAGACGGCCGUGCGCCUGCUGCUGCCCGGGGAGCUGGCCAAGCAUGCCGUGUCCGAGGGCACCAAGGCCGUCACCAAGUACACCAGCUCCAAGUAAACUUGUCAUCUGUAACAGUUCUAUCCAUUCAAAAGGCUCUUUUCAGAGCCACUCAUUUUUACACGUUAAAGAGUUGUGAUAGCAGUAAGUUUCAACAGGUCUUUAAAAGCUUUUUUUUUUUUUAAUCAAUCCU